AUGCUGCGUGUAUCCAUUCAGAUGCGCAUCCUGUGGACGUUGGCGAUGGGCACCGUGUUCGUGGUGCUGUUGCAGUACCAGACGUCCGGCGCCUGGACGCAGCAACAGGGUCAACCGGUGGCCCACCCCGACCUGGUAGCCGAGGACCUGGUGUCCAUGGCCCUGUCCAAGGUGGUGGUGGACGAGAGCGCCGGCGUGUCCCGGGACCUGCUGAUGGGCAUCUCCCGGCAGAUAGCCCGGUUCGUGGUGUACAGUGCCAGUUGCAACGGUGGUGCCUUCGGUAACGGCGCCAGCGGUGGUGGCUAUGGCGGCGGCUUCGGAAUGGCCGCCAUCGAACCGAGCACCGUUUACGUAAUCACGCCCACGUACCGGCGGCCUGAACAGGUGGCCGACCUCACCAGGCUGGCGCAGACGCUCAUGCUGGUCAGAGACAUACACUGGCUGGUCGUCGAGGACUCGCAAGUCAAAUCGCCUCACCUCGGCGUCCUGCUGCAGUCGUUCGGCAUCAGAUACAACCAUUUGAUCGCUCCUAUGCCGGAUAGAUUUAAGAAAAUCCGCGGUGCCAAGCCCAAAGGUGUGGCCAAUCGAAAUCGAGGUCUAAAAUGGAUCCGACAGAACGCCGUCGAAGGCGUAGUGUAUUUCGCCGACGAUGAUAACACUUAUGACGUCAGACUAUUCAACGAGAUGCGUAAUACGCAAAAAGUAUCCAUGUGGCCUGUAGGAUUGUGUACGAGGACUGGCCUAAGUACACCAAUUGUGAAGAAUGGCCAGUUAAUUGGGUUUUACGACGGUUGGAUCGCAGGCAGGAAGUUUCCAGUCGAUAUGGCUGGGUUUGCGGUUAGCGUCAAAUUCCUACUAGAAAGACCUAAUGCUCAAAUGCCUUACAAACCAGGAUUCGAAGAAGAUGGUUUUUUGAGAACCUUAGCUCCUUUUGAACCCCACGAAAUUGAAUUAAGAGCAGAUAAUUGCACCAAAAUAUUGGUGUGGCACACGCAGACGAAGAAGAACGAACCGUCGCUGAAUGUGGACAAGGAAAAAUACAAAAACACAAAUAUACUUAGCCUGAAGGACAUCAUAGUCUGA